UAAUUCUGUAGGAGCAGAAGAUAAUGGCGAUGCGGAGAAGAGCUUCUUCUGCCAUAAUUCUUUCCAUUCUUCAGUCUCAGGAAGCAGCGGCUUCAGUAGGUACCACGGCUACUGCUAGGUGUACUCCUGUUGCUUCAUUUCUCUCUGCAUUCCCAAGCCCUAAACCCCAGUUCGCUCUUUAUUCUGCUAUUAGUGGCAAAGUUAAGAGUUCUUCUGGAAAAGCUCUGAAAUUUCAACCGGGAUUGAGGAAUGAUAUUAAUAAUGUCGACAGUCUUGAUGAUGCUCUGAGCUUGUACCGGCAGAUGGUCCGGAUGAGGCCUCUGCCUUGUGUUAUUCAGUUCAAUCAAUUGCUGGACCGUAUUGUUAAGAUGAAGAAUCAUUAUGUAUCUGCUAUUUCCCUUUUUAGAGAUAUGUGUGUCAAGGGCAUUCCUGUUCGUGAGGCCACCCUCAAUGUUGUGAUUAAUUGUUACCGCCUCUUGGGUCGAGUGGAUUUGGGGUUUACUGUGUUGGCUGCUUUCUUGAAGCGUGGUCUUGUCCCUAAUGUAGUCACCUUUAAUACUCUACUCAAAGGACUCUUUCGAGAACAUAGGGUCCCCCAGGGACAAGAAUUGUUUAAGAAGAUAAUACGCGAAAAACUUUGCGAGCCUGAUGAAGUUAUGUUUCUGAUUGUGAUAGAUGGGCUCUGUAAGGUGGGGAACAUUCAAAUGGCCAUUGAAUUCCUAAGAGUCAUGGAAAAAAGAAGAAGAUGUAAGCCCGACGUUUAUGUGUACAGUACAAUCAUUGACAGCUUGUGCAAGGAUAAAAUGGUUGUUGAAGCUCUUGCCCUCUUGCAGGAGAUGAUUGAAAAGGGCAUUCCACCAAAUGUUGUCACUUACAGUUGUUUGAUUCAAGGUCUGUGCAACUUAAGCAGAUGGAAGGACGUUGACAAGCUCUUUGCUGAGAUGAAGGUUUAUAAAAUUGUUCCAGAUGUUUUUACUUUCAAUAUAGUGGUGGAUGCACUGUGUAAGGAAGGGCAUAUAGAAGAUGCUGAAGAGCUAGUCCAGAACAUGAUCCAGCAAGGUCAAGAUCCCGAUCUGGUCACUUACAAUUCCUUAAUGGAUGGGUACUGUUUACAGAGCCGAAUGGAUGACGCAAGGAGAGUUUUCAAUACCAUGGCUGCUAGCAGCCUUACACCCAAUCUCCAUAGCUAUGGUAUUCUGAUAAAUGCCUAUUUCAAGACCAAGAAAAUGGAAGCAGCCAUGAAUCUCUUUCGAGAGAUUCAGCAUAAAGGUUUAACACCUAAUAUUGUUGUUUAUACCACUGUCUUGCAGGGGUUAUUUAGUUCAGGAAGGUAUCUUAGUGCACGAGAAAUUUUCAACGAGAUGCAAGCUUCUGGCAUGAAGCCUGAUUUUCAUACUUACUGUGUGGUGUUGGAUGGAUUAUGCAAGACUGGACAUGUUGACGAAGCAUUGCAGUUAUUCCAUGCAAUGGAAGCCGAUGGAACAGAUCUUCACAUGGAAAUGUACACUAUCAUGCUUGAUGGGUUGUGCAAAUGCACGAGGCUCGAUAGUGCCCGACAUCUUUUCAACAGUCUCUUCCUUAAAGGAUUGGACCCUGAUGUCAAAACAUACAACACCAUGAUUGCUGGCCUGCUUUCAGAAGGUCUGCACAUCGAAGCUAAAGAGCUUGUUAAAAAGAUGGAGGGGAAGGGUUGCCUGCCAAAUGAUUUGACGUACAAUGUUAUACUGCGAGGACUCCUUAAGGGAGGUCAUUAUGAUGAUGCGAUGGUCUAUCAUGAAGAAAUGGUUCAUAGAGGAUUCCCGCUGGAUGCACAUACCUUUUCCAUUUUACUUGAUUUAUCUGCUGAGAGUCAGAACAAUCCUUCUGUGCUAAUGUUGAUGCUGAAGAUUGAUCCCGAUAGCAAGAAGUUCAUAGAUGGGGAACGAAGAGGACCUUCACAUUAGUUGCAACAUGUUAGUCCUGCCAUUUAUUUUGGCCUUUGAACUUUAAUUUGCUGGAACUAACAUUAUUUAGGUUCGAAUUGUAUCCUGUUGUCACUUAUCAUCUUUGAUGCAACUGAGCCUUAGAGGAGAUCUCUUGGUCAUAUUUUGUGAAUCACCUCCAAGGUCUUUAGUUUGGUGGAGAAGCCGCAUUGCUUAGGGAAGUUCAAUUGACAAGUGUGGCAGAUCAAAGAAAUCUGCUGCUGUUAAUUGGACUUGUACCACUUCUUCUAAGAGACUUCUUGUUGAUCUUUCCAUGGAGAACCUCAGUGUGGCAUAUCACUUAAAUGUGACAAACAUUGAAUGACAAGUCUUGCGUUGAAGUUUUAUGUAAGAGAUCUGUUUUACAACGGUUCAAUUCAUGUUCAGUAACUGUCCUGUGGACAACUUAAUUAUCUUUUCUAAUGGCUUUAGAGGAGGAUUCCCAAUUUUGUGCAGCAACAUCCAAAUUGUUAGACGCAAAAACUAAUCUUUGUUUCUGAAUGCAGGAAAGAAGUUUGUGAUAAAAGUUUUCUGUAAAUGGGAUUUUUGUAGUAGCAUCUAUUCUGUGUGGCUGGUUCAGUUUGUGAAGAAUUUUGUUACAAUAUUCAUUCUUACGGUAUGCAGUAAAUUUGAAUUAUUUGCUGGAAAGAUACUCAGCAUAGAAUGGAAAUAGUGAAUGUGUAUCUUGAAUACCAGUAACCAUUAUUUGUUUGUCAUAAAAUUGUUUGACAAGGUAUUAUUGGUCACUGAGGUGGAAUUGAGAGAUAUUUGUUGUUUUUGCUAGUAAUGAUUGGGCAUGAUCUGGAGUGAUAUGAAUGACCUUUCAGUAAUUGUAAAGUAUCUAUUUGCGCCUGUGAUAGACCUCAAACCUGGAGAAAAAGGCCUGGACUGGCGUACUAGAAAAGAAUUUCUUUUGAUACAGCACAUGGCCUGGAGUACCUGCAUGAGCAUUGCAAUGGUAAAAUUGUUCACCCUGAUUUAAAGCCCGGAAACAUCCAUCUGGAUGAAACUUGGAAGCUUUCUUCGGUGGAUACAAAAUUACCAGAUUGCAAGUCGAGUCCAGGGAACUAUGGGGCACAUUGCCCCUGAAUAAUUGUAUGUUCCUGCUGUGGUCUUAUCGGUGCAUUAAUGAAAUGGGUAAAUACCUUGAUUA